AGUCUGGACGAUACAACGGGUCACAUCCAAACUGGAAGAAAGAGACACAGAGGCAAAAUAGAAAGCCAAGAGGCAUUUAACUGGAGCAAAAAAAUAGACUAGAAUCACAGAUGAGGGCUUUGUGCCGUAUGAGUAAUAGCCUUGAUUUUGGAAAAUUAGUCCUCUCUCUAAACAUUUUGCAAGAAGAAUUUUCUUGUAUUUCCUUGCUUCGUUGAUUCAUCCCUGACAGAAAAUUGACAGCAGCUGGGCAACUAGCAAAACGAAGGACAGAUACGGAAGGAAAACACAGUUUUAGGGUUGAAGCGGGCUCCCCUUUCCCCUCCCCUUUCAGAGUUAAACUGUUAAAUGCAAUAUAGACAUCGCAUCCCAUUUUGGGUUGUCCUGUGUCCGACAACGAAUAUUAGUCACAUUGGUAAUAGCAAAACGUAGCUAGCAGAGGGUGCUAGCUGAUUUAACUAGCUAUCGCUAGCUAGCUCACGGAGGAAUUAUUUUUUCGAACCAGAGGAAUUUGCAAGAUGUCUGGGAAAGUCGAGCAGAACAAACAGUCCACCACCGAAAGGCUUGUCAAAGCGGUGCCCUACCCGCCCACGACGCGGCUGUCUAUGAAGGAGCUGUAUGAGGAUGGCAAGCCCAAGGUGGAGCUGCUGAAGAGCCACCUGGUGAAGGAGGGCCGCCUGGAGGAGGAGGCUGCGCUGCGCAUCAUCAACGACGGAGCCGCCAUCCUGCGCCAGGAGAAGUGCAUGCUGGAGGUGGAGGCGCCCAUCACGGUGUGCGGCGAUGUUCACGGGCAGUUCUUUGACCUGAUGAAGCUGUUUGAGGUGGGGGGCUCACCCAACAACACGCGCUAUCUCUUCUUGGGGGACUACGUGGAUAGAGGCUACUUCAGCAUCGAGUGUGUGCUGUUCCUGUGGUGCCUCAAGAUCAACCACCCCAACACUCUCUUCCUCCUCAGGGGCAAUCACGAGUGUCGGCAUCUCACAGAGUACUUCACCUUCAAACAGGAGUGUAAGAUUAAAUACUCGGAGCGUGUGUAUGACGCCUGCAUGGACGCUUUCGACUGCCUGCCUCUUGCUGCACUGCUCAACCAGCAGUUCCUGUGCGUGCAUGGAGGGCUGUCCCCAGAGAUCACCUGCCUGGAUGACAUCCGAAGGUUAGACCGGUUCAAAGAGCCGCCGGCGUUCGGGCCCAUGUGUGACCUGCUGUGGUCAGACCCUGGCGAAGACUACGGCAGCGAGAAAACCGCAGAGCACUUCUGUCACAACAGCGUCCGCGGAUGCUCCUACUUCUACAGUUACCCGGCAGUCUGUGACUUCCUGAUGAAUAACAACCUGUUGUCCAUCAUAAGAGCACAUGAAGCCCAGGAUGCUGGGUACCGAAUGUACAGAAAAAGCCAGACGACAGGCUUUCCUUCAUUAAUCACGAUCUUCUCUGCACCAAACUAUUUAGAUGUGUACAACAACAAAGCUGCUGUGUUGAAAUAUGAGAACAACGUGAUGAACAUCCGCCAGUUCAACUGCUCCCCGCACCCCUACUGGCUGCCCAACUUCAUGGAUGUCUUCACGUGGUCGUUGCCCUUUGUGGGAGAGAAAGUGACGGAGAUGCUGGUGAAUGUGCUGAACAUCUGCUCUGAUGACGAGUUGAUGUCGGAGGGAGACGACACCUGCGAAGGUGAAGCUGGAACUACAGCAGUGCGUAAGGAGGUGAUCAGGAAUAAGAUCCGGGCCAUUGGGAAGAUGGCUCGCGUAUUCUCUGUACUCAGAGAGGAGAAUGAGAGUGUGUUAACAUUGAAGGGCCUCACCCCCACCGGCACAUUGCCACUGGGGGUCCUGUCAGGAGGACGCCAGACCCUCCAGAGCGCCACCGUAGAAGCUGAGGAGGCACGAGCCAUCCAAGGUUUCAACCCUCAGCACAAGAUUCAGAGCUUCGAGGAGGCACGCGGCCUGGAUCGGAUAAACGAGAGGAUGCCACCACGCAAGGAUGGCAAGCAGCCGGACGGCACUGCCAACUCCAUCAAUGCCGCCAACUCCCCCGACAAAAAUGGCACCAACGCACAAGCAUAGUAGUGGUGCACUGCCCACUCACCCACCCACCCAACAUGCUCCGCUAAUCCCCUCCUCCCCCUCCCCUCUGUUACCCUUACCAAAAUAUGCCCCCCUCCUUCUUCCUCCUCUCCUGCCCCUCCCUACCCUCUGGGUGGGUAUAGUACUCCCUUUAGGCAGACUGCCACCGUACAGAUUUGGGAGGGAAUGGGGAGGAGGGGUAAAAAUUGCACAACAGAAACACCAUGAGCAGAGAAAAUAGACCAGUCAAAAAAAGAAAAGAGAAAGAAAAUCAUGGUUUUAUUUAUUUAUUGAUCCACUCAAGGAAGAUCAAUAACAAUGUGUAAUAAUUAAGAUUAAAGAUGGAUGAAAUAAAUACAUUGUAUUCUCAAAAAUAAUGUAUAUAAAAUGCAGUAUAGAGAUAUAGACAUAAGCAUAUAUUACAAAAAAGGACAAAAAGCAGGUUGGAGCAAGGUCAACACAGCCUGAAUAAUUAGUCAAGAGAAGAAAUCCAUUUUAUAACUUUUGGUUGACAAAAAAAACAGGAAAUCUACAUUUUCGUUCCUCUUUAUCAAGCCCCGGGCUAGUUCACCAGUUUAGUUUUCCAGUGUUCCAUUCUGUGCUUGGGCAGAGAAAUGUUUGACCCAGUCAAACCCCUAGAAACCUGCUCACCUAUGGCUGUUAAGGUUUUGAGAACGAUGUUAAAGGAAUACAAUUUAAAAAAGGAAUAUCUCACUUAACACUUUAACAUUGAAAGAGAAAGAGGACGAUGCCAAUUGCUAGCUUAUUGUGGGGGGGGAGCGAAACAUCUUGAAGCAUCUUGUUGACAUGUGUUUCAUGUAUUUGUAUAUUUUAAGCGUUCCCUCUCUCAGAUGUGAUAUCUGUCUUGUUUUUUUUUUUCUUCUCUUAUUUCUCAUUAUUUUUCUUUUCUUUUUUUGUCAUUUUUUACUUUGAGUCUGAGAUUUAAAAGAUUUACAUACAUUACAAAAAGAUCCUCCACCACCCCACCCCUGUUAGGUACCAACAAGCAAAGCAAAACUGCGCUUUUAGUCAGUAAUUAGUUUAAGCUUUUAUAUAUAUAUAUAUAUAUUAUAUAUAAUAUUCAUGCAAUGGGAACAACGGUUUUGGUUAAGGCCCACCACAACUGUUUCAACAGUCAGUCAGGAGUGUAUGGCUGACGCUGCGCUUGGAGAUGCCUUUCAUUGUGUUGCUCUGGUCUGGUAGGCUGCUGCUGCUAGAGAUUGCUGGUUGUAAAGAGAGUUGAAGAGAUGGUCACCCCUCAUACGUACAGUGCACGGUGACCAGGUUGACAGGGCCACAGUGCUGGCACCCAAAACUUCAUGAAGAAUAUCAUUAGUCUUUGUUUACCCUCUACUCUCCCUCCCUCCCUCUCCCUCGUUAGCUCGCUCUGCGCUAUAUACCAAACGAGAUGUGUAACAGCACUUAAGUUAAUCUAGCUAGAAUUUAACAAACUUUAAAGGGAAAAUAUCAUUCAUCCUCAUUAACCCAUCUUUUUUUUGUCUCGGGCAACUAUGUACAAAACCAAACGAGCGAGCUUGUUGAGGAGAAAGCGCUGCGUGUGUAUGCGUGCGUGCGUGCGUGCGUGCGUGCGUGUGUGUAAGGCUGCCCUAAUGCUGUUUAUCCCUGUAUACAGUAUACCCCCAACAGCUGUUCAGGCACUUCUACACUCACCGUGCUACGAGGUCACCUUGAGAGGGGGGGGGAGAAGGAGAGAGCCAAUAGGCAUGAUGGAUUUCCCCAUUUGCACAAGCAAAUUUAAAUCACCCUACAGAGUUGAUAUGCCACAUGCCCCAGUCCCCAGCAGCUGUUUGAAUGCAUGGAUGUAUAGGGUGUGGGGCCCUUUCACAUUACUUUGUCCCGGGCCCGACCAAAGCGCUCAGUGGCCCUGUGUGUUUGUGUCCACACAUUUUUUUUUUAAAGGGCUGGGGGGGGGCGGGGCCUUGCUGAUGCCCCCCUCAGCCCCCCUCUCACCUCCCCUCAUUUUACACAGUCCUUCUCUCUGCUGCCCCAGCCGGAGCGGCCAGUCCAGGGCUGUGUAAGGCCGUGUACAGACCAGGAGCAAACGAAGCGACGGAAAUCAUUAUUUCUCUAUGGAGGGCACGCGACCUGCGCUACCAAAGCGAAUUCGCCAGGAGCGAAGCUUCUUGCGCGACCAGAGCGAAUUUUGACGAUAAGACUAAAUCUAAUCGCAGGCGAAUUCACUCUGACGCUGUUCGGCAAAAACCAAUCGGAACGUUCAUAUAUCCGAAUGUCCCAGGCUGUCAAGCCAGAGCCGUUAUGUGAUUAGCCGAAUCAAACAUGUCAAUGCUGUGUCUGGAGCGAAUACAGCGAAUUCAAGGCGAAACUUCUUCUGCUACCCACGCUACCAGGCAGCGUAGUUCGCUCUUGGUCUGGACACGGCAUUAGGCCAGGGACAUGCUUGCUGUGUACCUUCAAUUACGCAUACAUGAAUUAUGCAUACAUACUUGUUGUUGUUGUUGAACACCCACCUCCCCUCCUUUCACAGAGUAAUUUUCUCUGCUGAACAAGCCGCAGCAGCAGCCGUAGCAGCAGCAGCCAGCCAGUCCGGGGCACCCUGCUCUGUACUCCCAGACUAGUUAGGGCCUCUCUCACCACCGCAACACUGAGGGAACAUUAUUUUCGUGGGGGUCAGUUCUGCCACUGUGGAGUGGACCCCCGCCCAUACUGAAAAACGCAAACACAGCAACACUUGAGUGUGUGCGUGGGUUUGUGAGUGUUCCUGGGGUUCUCAUUGCAGAACGUUGUUUAGGAAUGUUUCUCAUCCAAAGAAAAAAAAGUGUCAGUGUUUUUUUUUCCAUUUGUACUAUACUGUAAAGUCUGUACCAUCAAUAGAUGAGCUAUAUUUAAACAAAACAAAAUGACAAAAAAAGACAAGCGUACAAUGUUGGUGCUCUCAGCGAAAGAGCGUUUAAAAAAAAUCAGUCCUGUAGAUUUGUGUAAUCAUGAGUAAGAUAAAUGCAUUUUCAGCUCUUCAAUUAUAUUGUACUUUUUAUUUUUUUGUGUUCUAAAAAAACUAUAUAUAAAUAUAUAAAUAUAAAUGAAUAUAUUACAAAGGCGCUGCCUAGAGGCUUGAUUCCACUCGCGUCUGCAAUCAGGUACCAUGAGUUAACCUGGAUCAUAACUCUUUCUCCCCCCCCUUACUUUUCUUUGUAUUUGUUUUCUACUUCUGAAUGUGUGUUUUUCUUUUCUUUUUUUUCGUUCCUGGCUGGCCGUGUUGUCUCUGUUUCUCUUGUAAAGAGGCUUCUGCAGACUCCAAAUCUUUCUGUUUUGUUUACUGUUUGUUUAUUUUUCUGUUUAUUUUUUAUUUUCUUUUGUUAUUCCUCAAUGCUUAAGUUAAAAUUAUUCUGCUGUGGUGUGAAAGAUAGCUAGCGGGUUGGGUGGGUUGGGGGUGUUCCUCAAGGGGGGGUGUUCAGGGCUUUGUGUUUUGGAUGUGUAUAAGGGCAACACAGAGGCCUCUGGGCAAAGCGAGUACUGUUUGGGGGGACGCUUCAUUUCUGACUUCUGUUACGAUUUUGAACACACACAUCUUGCAGAAUGUACAGAAAUUGUUUAUUAAGAUUUUCUUAAUAGCUGAAAAAAGGAGAAAAAAAACUUUUUGUCAAGUACUUGUAUUGCGAGGCCUCUAUAAAUCUGAAUUUCUGUAGAUGUAUCACUCCAUUAAAAAAAAAAAAAAACCUAAAAGAAGUACAAAGUCAAAAAGUGUUCAAGUGUCUUCUUUUCUGUUGAUGUGAUUCGCAUGGUCUUACAGGCCAGACUGGGUUUAACCCUGCAUGACUAGGCUGUCUAGCUGACCAGACCGAAAGCGAUCAACAAUCCAAAUGUAGACAUCCAGGAGUGUCUUCAUGAGAAGAGCAGUCUGUGAUGAGCUAAAUCAG